GAAACAGACAGUCACUCACACAACGUAACCAAACCAAACAUGAGAAACUUUUAUUAUAUACAGUACAUAACAUAUGAUAACAUAAUGAUGCAAUACGCUUUACAUCACCAUUCGUAACAAUAUAUUGUUACAAACCCACUGCCGGCCCAACACCACCUCUGGCAGGCGCGUCAGCUAGGCCGGUUUCUCAGUGAUUCAGGUAACCGGCAGUACGUGUCCGCGUCAGCCACCCAGCUCCGCCGUCACUCCCUCCAGGCUCCAGCACUCUCACACUGUCCGUACUGUAGGCACUUCCCCGUCAGAUCCACAGCUCUCCACUGAGCUACAGCCUCCCACAGGCUAGGCGGAGCCCUCCAGGCGAGCCCAAGACAGUAGGAAGACACCAGAGUGCAGGAAUUACCACCAGCGUCCCAGGGCAAAACCAAAACAAUCCCCCGCCUUCAACUCGCCGUUCCCGCUCGCCCAGCUCCGCCUCUCCGCCUACAGCACAUUAUCGUACCCCGCGUAACAAUAUUAAUUUUGGAUGCCAAUUUGGCGCCCCCCCCAGCAAAUGGCGCCCCAGGCGACCGCCUGUGUCGCCUGUGCCUAGAAACGGCCCUGCUAACAGAUGACAGAGUAUUCUUUCAAGGGCAAAAGGAGGUGCUAGCCUUCUAUAAAAGUACACGACACGUGAGGUGUCACGUCUCAGUGUUGCAGUGGUUACCAAGCGUCGAACAUGUGGCUCAAGCAGGUGUGGGUGUGCCUGGUCCUUGUGGCCGGCACCCAGGCACUUCACGAGCCCCAAGAGAGGGAGACUGUGGACGACUUCAUCAUCAACGGCGUGGAUGCGCAAAACAUCAGGAGUAACCUUAGGUUCCUGACGCAGAAGCAGCACCUUGCGGGCACCGAGGUGGAGUGGGAGUUGGCGGCGUGGGUGGAGGCGGCGUGGCGCGAGCAGGGCUGGGACGAGGUGCAUCUGGUUCCCUACCAAGUCCUCCUUUCCUACCCCAAGAACGACACACCUAAUCUAGUGUACGUGCUGGACGAUGCUGGGGAAGUGGUGUGGACGUCCCACGGGUGGCAGGAGCCGCUGUACGCCCCGGAGGAGGCAGAUCCAGAUUUCCUGCCGAACUUUAAUGCCUUCUCCGCCCCAGGAGUGGUUACGGCGGAUGUAGUGUACGCUCACUUCGGCCGCGAGGAAGACUUCGAGCGUCUGAACGAGCUUGGCGUGAACGUGACCGGGCGGGUGGUGCUGGCUCGCGACGGGGCGAUCUUCAGGGGAAAUAUUCUCCAGUCAGCAGAGCGUCGUGGGGCCGUAGCGAUGUUGCUGUACGGAGACCCCCAGCAGUAUGCACCCUUCGGGGAGGACGCCGUCUACCCCAACACGGUGUACCUGCCUCCGUCAGGCGCACCUUCUGGCACUGUGUAUUUUUAUGAUGGGGACCCCCUCACACCCUUCUACCCUGCCACAGACAGUGCCUAUCGCCUACCUGAAGAAGAAGCCCCACUACCCAGGAUCCCAGCUCAGCCAAUCAGCUAUGAGGAUGCCAGUGAAAUUCUUGGACGGAUGGGAGGAGCUGUGGCCCCUGAUGAUUGGCAAGGCAACCUCAAUCUCACCUACCACUUGGGGCCUGGACUGCAGGAGGCUGGCUGGACAGUGAAGGUUGAGGUCCACACAAGGAACGUCCCUACCACCAUCUACAAUGUGGUGGCUGUCAUGUGGGGCAGUGAAGAGCCUGAUCGAUAUGUCAUCUUGGGUAACCACCGAGAUGCCUGGAACUUUGGGGGUUUGGAUCCUUCCUCUGGAACUGCAGCUUUCCUUGAAGCAUCCAGAGUGCUGGCUCAACUUAAGAAUGAGACAGGCUGGAUGCCACGACGUUCUCUGGUGCUCUGUUCCUGGGGUGCCGAGGAGUAUGGGCUCAUUGGCUCGGGAGAGUGGACCCAACAAUUUGAGAAGCUGCUUGGGGACCGUGCUGUAGCCUACCUUAAUGUGGAUAUGGCUAUGAAUGGAAACUACACCUUCACUGGGAAUGGCUCACCACUCCUUCGUGCUGCGCUAAUGCAGGGAGCCGCCAAGAUCCCAAACCCAGACUCAAGUGAGGUAGAGGCUGGGCGCACCACAGUGUAUGACACCUGGGCACUGAGGACGCCAGACCCUGACCAUCCAGGAGAGCCAUGGAUACGGUUAAUGAGCUCAGGCAGUGACUUUAAGAGCUUCCAACACAACCUUGGUAUUCCCUCGGCAGACCUUCAUUUCACCCAUGAUAUGUAUACUCAGCCCCUGUACCACACCCUGUAUGAAACCUUUGCAGCAGUGGAUGAACUGUUUGACCAAGGAUUCUAUUUCCAUGCAGCCCUCACACAGCUGUGGGCGGUGGUGGCUGUGGACCUUGCUGAUGCCCAGAUGUUGCCUUAUUCCCUGGUGGAGUACGGAAGCUUUGUGGCCUCUGCAGCAGCUGAUGUGGAGGAGCAGUAUGGGGACCUCAUCAUCUCUAGGAACUUAACCCUCGCAUUCUUCAGGGCUGCUGCAGAGGAGUUUUCCCAGACUACCCUAAACUUCACCAACAGCCUCAAUGAUAUGGACACAAGCAAUGUCCUUGUGGCACGUCAGCUGAAUGACCAGAUGAUGAUGGUGGACAGGGCCUUCUUGGACCCUCGUGGGCUACCAGGACACCCACUGUUCAACCAUGUUGUCAUCUCGCCUAGUACCAGUGACAACCACAUCGCCCUUGCCUUUUCGGUACUGACAGAUGCACUAGCAGGCAUCGAGGAUCUGCCGCCAGAAGAGCAGAAGCAACGCUGGUCUGUUUUCUCGCACCACUUGGGUGCAGUCACUCACUACCUCUCUACUGCCAGUAAUGUUCUCACCAGCAGACUGUGGUAACCAAUUCACAUGUGCAUCCAUCUGUAAUAUAUAUGGAAAUUUUGAGAAGGGACACUUACUCAAAAAAUUAUAAGCCUAAGCAACAUGUGUUUGCCAAUUCUUAUUUUGUCUUGAGUAAUGUGAUUGCCAAUUCUUAUUUUGUCUUGAGUAAUAUUCACCAGACACAAUAAAAAGCUUAGAAAUGUAGCAGUGGUGAAAAGUUUUAAUGCUAGUUUAUAACAUUAACUAACUCUAACUUAUAAAGAACAAUUAUACGACAUCCAAAAAUUGCAGUUUACUACAUAUUUUACAUCUUUCACUUGUUACUACCAGAAUUUUAGAUUCUGGUUGGCAUGUUAAUAAAGAGCAUAGCUGGG